CCACUCACCAAUCACAGCGCAGAAAGGCGAGGCUUUGCCGGAAUGCGGGUGGAACAUUGCCUCGGCUACAUGCACAUCAUGGAGGAAGAGCAGGUACCUUCCAUCUAGAGCAGCAGCAGCCUGUUUCCUUCACAGCGACCAUCUUUAAUCGUGGGCAUCUCAGCAAUUGAAUCCGGGCCAUUAAACAGGAGAGAUGAAGCAUUUUCUAAGGGUGUUGACCCAGUUCCUGGUGUUUCUGUACUGCAAGUGUCUAUGGCGAGGACUGAAAUUUGUCAUCAGGAAGGUGACAGGACGAUGUGAGCUACAGCGUAUCUGUUAUAACAACAAGCCUGGAGCUCGCCGGACCCUCAAGAUUGAGUCAUCGCUAAAGUGUUCUAAAAAUGAGCUUCUCCAGUCUGCUGUCAGUGUCCACCCAGACGCUGUUGAAAAGACCAUAGAUGAUAUCAUGGCCCUGAAAAAAAUCAACCCAGACACAAAUCCACAACUUGCCAUCUCUCUCCAGGCCAGCCUUUUUCAGAUCGUGGGCUACAGGAACCUGGUGCUGGAGGUGGAGAAGCUGCGCAUGGAACCGUAUGACUGUGAAAAUCCAAAGCAUGAGGAGAUGCUUAUGAAGCUUUGGAAGGCACUCCGUCCUGAAUCUCCCCUCACUGGACGCAUCUCAAAGCAGUGGUGUGAGAUUGGUUUCCAAGGCAGCGACCCUAAGACUGACUUUAGGGGCAUGGGUCUACUGGGUCUGCACAACCUACUGUAUUUUGCAGAACAUGAUAAAGCCACUGCCCUCCAAGUGCUCCAUGAUUCUCUGCAGCCCAAACACAGGACCAUUUCCAAAGAGGAAGCCAGUAAGAUGAGCAAAGCUGAUUGGGAAAAGAAGAAAUUUGACAAAGCGAUUGGAUAUUCCUUUGCCAUCGUUGGCAUCAACAUCACAGACCUGGCCUACUCUCUGCUGAUGAGUGGAGCGCUGAAGACUCAUCUGUACAAUGUGGCGCCAGAGAUGCCCAGCCUGGUGCACUUCCAGCAGACUUUCUGUUACUUGAUGCAGGAGUUCCACAGGUUCUGGAUCGAGGAGGAUCCGUGCGACAUCAUGGAGUUUAACCGCGUACGCACCAAGUUCCACAAGCGCAUCCUCAAGCAGCUGAAGAAUCCCGACAUGGCACUGUGUCCCCAUUUCACUGCCUCUGACCUUCACCUGGUCAACCUGUAGCUGCCUAUCUGACCCCUUAACCUGUAGCUGUCCAUCUGACCCUUCGACCCUGACUCAUCUCUCAUUCCUGAGCUUCUGUCUUAGCUUCUUCUCAUCACUGCCAACUGUGUGGAGUCUCUUUCACCCCUACACACACAACAAACACAAGUCAGUAUACAUGCUUGAACAGCCCCCCUCUCACACACCUGCCCAGAUGUGUAGUUAGCUCAGAUCACCAGCACUGAAGACCAUGGUGAUUGUAAUAGUGCAUUUCACUGCACCACAUUAUAGUCAAGCCACUGGGGUCCUUAGCACUGAAUGCAGCAACAACGAUUGUAAGGUAUAUAGGCUAUGGUCAGCAUGGUUUUAACUAUCCUGCUGUGUUAAUCAGAGAUAUUAAGCAUUGCUCAUAGGUGGCACAGUUCCCUAUCAACCAGUAGGUGGAGCUGUUAGUCCAUGUACAAAGAGCCAUUGUGAGUUGGUGGUAGUGGCAUUUACUCAGCCAGCAGGAAUGGCUUGCAUUGAUCUUGCAUUGAUAUCAAAUGCAUUUAGAGAUAAGUGGUCUUUACUGUGUAGACAUACUGUAACACACAGAGGUAUUUUAGAAGAAAUAAGACAAGACAUAUGAGAACAAAACAUGCCUAUCUAGGCAGAAUGGAAUAGAAAAGUCUUUUCAGCCAUUAGUAAUGUGACCAUUCACUCAGACGUCAGCUUCAUCUGUAAUUUUCACAUUUUUCUGUCAAAUAUCAGAGUAGAAAACAUUUGUUGCCAAGAAGUGAAGCUUAAAAACAUAUUUACUUGCCAAAAUGGUUGUUAUAAAAAGUGAGCAUGAAUGUGAUCAUGCACAACUCAUGAUUGUUUUGAACACUACUUGUGUUUUCGUGUUGAUGUAAAAUCAUUGAAUGUUGCCGUUUUUGUUCAAGCCACCAAAGCAAUAAGCGACCGCUCAGUAUUGUUUGUUUCUUUUGCACAGCUGGUGCCUGUAAUACUUAGUCUUAGUUAAUUAGACACUAAUAAGCCGUAAUGGACAGCACUGAGAAUCCAUUGUUAACUGCAGUCAUUUUGCUUUUUAUUGCUCUUUUUUUUGGUCACAACUAAUAAUUUAUUAUGCGUUAUAACAUUUGCAUGUUUUUUUUCAUGCUGCCUGUAUUCUUUUAUGUCUUCUAGACCCUUUAAAUUUGUGGACGGUAUGGUGACAGUUUUGCCUGUGAGCUUUUCUUUGUUUGCUUUUAUGUUUUUCACACGCUGCUUUGGUCUAAUUGAAAUUUGCCAGAAUGUCACUCAGUUCAUUUCAAUGCAAUGUUAUUAACUAAUGUAAGCUAUUUAUACUGUGAAUGUCUUUGCGUUUAGCAGUAUUAGGCCUUUUUCUUUCAGAUAUCAGUGCGUUAUGUGGUGUGUCUGUUUAUGAACUACAAUCAAUAAGCUACAAUCAACUGUGAUAAAUAUUGAAAAUCUGUAAGGCUUUAAAAAUGAUGUUACUGGCACCUAUAUAGAGGAGUUAGAAGCACUUGCUGUAUAUACUGCUUAAGAGAUGAACUAGAUUUUAACAUAAAAACUCGUCAGUGUGCAUGGCUGAAUCCAUACUGUAACUGUUGUCUCUCUCUCUUUCUUUUUCUUUCUCUCUCUCUCUCUCUCUUUCUUUUUCUUUCUCUCUCUCUCUCUCUCUCUCUCUCUCUCUCUCUCUCUCGUAUUGGAUCAGUAUAGGACGCUUUUUAGUGGCCAGCAGCUUAUGUGAUGUGAAUUGCUCGUGCUGUGUGAAAGGGGUGCUUUUUAAAUCAUUAUCAAAGCUCAGUGUAAUAAAAAGGCGAUAUGGAAAAAUGUUA